ACAUAACGCGCGUGCUCGGUUCUAUUCGAAACGACAAAUUCAGUGGGUGAAUCACCUUCUCGAGACUUUUACGUUAACCGUGCAUGGAGAACGAACAGGGAAGUGAUGUUUCGUUGAACGUCAUAUUUAGCAACAUAACUGUAUUUCGUUUGCGAUUGUUAAAACUCAAAAUCACAGAUGCCAUACAUUUUGGUUCGCGGUAACCUUGCAUCUUAUGGUCACAGGUAUCCUUGGAGAGUACUUGUGUCUGGCCUAAAAGCGGCUGAUAUAGAACAGUUGAGUCGCUUUGCAUCUGGAGGCUACUGUGACGACUCAACAAUAGUCUAUCUACAACAUCCUUGUGUGAUAUUAACAGCACUAGAAGUCUUGGGAUACAAAGUUGUUGCAUCUUCCAGUACAAGUGUCAAACAAGAUUAUAAUGAAUACAUGUGGACUAUGAGAAAGGACUUCUCGGAGCCAGAACCAGAGCCAGUCAUCAAAGCAGAACUCAAAGAUAACGAAGUUUAAAAUCGUCGUGAAGUGAGCUUCAAUGGAAGAAACAAAAAUGUCUGAGAAAUUAGCGGAAAUUAUCGCUAACGAUACUUAUUAUUACACUGCCGUGAAAGGCUCACCCUUUUCGAUGGACUGUGUUGGUUUUGGCUUGACACAGGAUGAAAUCACGGCGUUAAAUAAAAGAUUUCCUAAUUCCGGAACAG